AUGUCUCCUCCUCUCGUUCAAGACGAGUACCUCAGCGCCGGCGGGAACAGACACAGCGCAGCGGCCGACUGGUCCGCCAGCUCGGGCACCCUCGCCUUCGGAGCCGACCAGAAUGUGGGUGUGUGGUCGCCGCAGAAUGACUCUGGCCACGGCAUAUCCGCCCUGCUCUCCGGGCACACGGGGAAGGUGACGGCGGUGAGAUUUCUGGCUCCCGACCAAGACGGCUCGCCUGAACUGUUGGUCUCUGGUAGUGCAAAUGGAGAAAUCGCCGUGUGGAGACAGGAGGCCAGUGACCGGAAGUGGAGGUGUCUGGUGAAGACGGCAGCGCAUGAAGGCGCCGUCAACACCAUCGCCUCCUUGGGUCGGGGCAGCGUCCUGGCGACCGGAGGGGCCGACGCGAAAGUAAAGCUCUGGAAAGUUCGGGACACCGAAAUCAAAGCCUCGGCCACGCUGUCCCUCAAACCGAGAUUCAUCGCCUUGGCUCUCGCAGUCCGUACUUUUCCAUCCACGUCUCCUCCUGACCACGCCUACUUGGUCGUGGGAGGCACUCGGAAUGAUAUCCAAGUGUACGCCAUUGAGGGCCUGUCAGCCGCCCCGAAGUUCCAUCUCCACGCCACUCUCACCGGACACGAAGCUUGGGUGCGAUCUCUGGCACUGACACAGACUCCCGACGGCGAUAUCCUGCUGGCUUCUGCAAGCCAGGACAAAUAUGUCCGUCUUUGGCGCUUUCAGCUAGGAGGAAGCAGCGCGACAAAACCACUCGCCGGGCAGAACGGGGUCGCGGUCGCAAACAGGACCUUGUCGGCAAAGAUCCAGACCGUGUCUGCCGGAGAACACAAAUAUUCUAUCACGUUCGAGGCAUUACUUCUGGGCCACGAAGAUUGGAUCUACUCAGCCGCGUGGAGUCCUACCGGUACCCAACUCCUGACCGCAUCGGCCGACGGAUCUCUUUCUAUAUGGGAGCCAGACCCGUCGUCGGGGAUAUGGAUCAGCAUGUCUCGUCUGGGAGAGAUCAGUGUGGCAAAGGGCGCCACGACUGCGACCGGCUCUGCUGGCGGCUUCUGGACAGGACUUUGGGGACCUGAUGGCAAGACUGUCACUUGUCUCGGCCGCACAGGCAGCUGGCGACUGUGGCAGUACGACGAGGCAUCACAGUUCUGGACGCAAAGGUUCGGCGUCAGUGGACACACCAACUCCGUCAACGGGAUCUGCUGGUCCCCCGACGGAACCUACCUGCUCUCCACCAGUUCCGAUCAGACCACCAGGUUGCAUGCGGAGUGGAAGAGAGGGGAGAAACGGAGCUGGCACGAGUUCUCGCGGCCUCAGAUCCACGGGUACGACCUGAACUGCAUCGCGAGCACGACCCCGUAUCAGUUCUCUUCAGGUGCGGAUGAAAAGCUGUUGCGCGUGUUCAACGAACCAAAAGAUAUCGCAAACAUGCUCCAUCGACUAUGUCAGAUCCCGUUGCCUCCGGAAGUAGGCCAAAUGCCGGACACCGCGGCGAUCCCUGUGCUGGGUCUCUCGAACAAGGCCAUGGACGACAGCGAGGAAACCGGCGAUGGCGCUGAGAACGAGACGACUGAUCCAAACGCCAUGUCGAACGGGGCAGGGUCUUCCCUGCUCGAGAUCCAAGAACCACCCACGGAAGACCUGCUGGCGCGGCACACCCUGUGGCCCGAGCACGAGAAACUGUACGGCCACGGCUCAGAAAUCUCCGAGGCAGCGACACCCCCAGACGGCAGUGUCCUCGCCACCGCGUGCAGAGCGAGCUCCCUUGACCACGCCGUGAUCCGCCUCUACGACACACAGGACUGGAACGAGAUCAAGCCGCCUCUGUCGGCGCACUCGCUCACCGUCACGAGACUUGCCUUCUCACCACAGAACCCAGAGUAUCUGCUCAGUGUGGGACGGGAUCGACAAUGGGCCGUAUUCAAGCGGGCGGACGGGACCUCAAAGAGCUGGGCCCGCGUCGCCAUCAACGCCAAAGCACAUUCGCGGAUGAUUCUGGACGCCACAUGGCUCGUGGGCGGCACGAAAACUCCAAGUUUUGCCACCGCCGGCCGCGACAAACUCGUCAAGGUGUGGUCAAGAGCUGCCGACCAGGAGGACGAGACAAACUUUUCAAUGCGCUCCUCGAUCGCGCGAAAAGGCCCCGUCACCGCUAUUGCUGCCACAUCUACCGUCUGUGCUGACGGCCCGCGCGGAGUCCUCGCGGUGGGCGAAGACGACGGCACCAUUUCACUACAUAGAAUCGACGUGGACGGCGACCUGGGGUUGUUGCACACGGUCGAGGUUCCCAGACACCUCUGUCCGUCAAAGACGGUGAACCGGCUGGCGUGGCAGCCUAGAGGACUCGACGGUGAUGGUCAGAGUCACCAAUUGUUAGCCGUGGCUUCGGCUGAUGGCUCAGUACGUAUUCUGAGCAUAGACGUCGUGGGCAUGGGCAGAUGA